AUGGCGCCCGCACAGCCCGAGCUCAAGAAGUACCUCGACAAGCGCCUGUUCGUCCAGCUGAAUGGAAGCCGCAAGGUCAUUGGUGUUCUCCGCGGUUACGAUGUCUUCCUCAACAUCGUGCUAGACGACGCGGUCGAAGAAAAGGAUGGAGGCGAGAAGGUCAGAAUCGGCAUGGUGGUCAUUAGAGGCAACUCUGUCGUGAUGCUCGAAGCACUGGAAAGAAUUGGCGGUGACGAUCGAAAGCCUCGAUAG